AGCAACCUUCAUUUUCUCUCUUCAUCGUCAUCUUCUUCUUAAAAAGCUUAUUAAACAGGAGAGAGAGUUACUUUUGAAAGAGAUACCCGCUUUUUCUGUUCUGAGCUCGUGGAGACCGAUUCAACUCGUCCUCAACUCAACUCGGUCUCUAGGGUUUAUCGUCUCACGUACAAUUUCGUCUCAGAUUUAGGAUAUAGUGGUUUUUGUUGGCGUUUCCUUCAUUUUCUCUGUGGCCAAACGGAGCAUAACACGGAAUUAUACUUCAACGCGAAUUGAGAUUCCGUUAUUUUGAGCUUAUGCGUCUGCCAUUGAGCAUCUUAAGGUUGUUUUCUUACCAGAGAAGUUGAUUCACUGAGAUUUAAAGUUAGGAAGUAGAAUUUAGCAAGAUAAAAUGUCGCACGUUGAGGAUCUGUGGGAGCGUUUAGUUCGUUCCGUUUUGAGGAGAGAAAGGACUGGAAAAGACGCGUAUGGGCGGCCAGUUGAGGGGAUUGCUGGAUACGUUCCAUCUUCACUUGCAAACAAUAGGGAUAUAGAUGAAAUUCUGAGAGCUGCAGAUGAAAUCCAGGAUGAGGAUCCCAAUGUGUCCAGAAUCUUGUGUGAGCAUGCAUAUUCGCUUGCUCAAAAUCUGGAUCCUAACAGUGAAGGAAGGGGAGUGUUACAAUUCAAAACUGGAUUGAUGUCUGUUAUUAAGCAAAAACUAGCAAAGAGGGAGGGUGGACUAAUAGAUAGAAGCCAGGACAUAGCUCGUCUGCAAGAGUUUUACAAACUCUACAGAGAAAAGAAUGAUGUGGACAAGUUACGAGAAGAAGAAAUGAAGCUGAAGGAAUCUGGUGCUUUCAGUGGAAACUUGGGCGAGUUGGAGAGAAAGAGAGUAAAGAGGAAAAGAGUCUUUGCAACUCUAAAAGUUUUAGGGGCUGUUCUUGAGCAGUUAUCUCCAGAAAUUCCUGAUGAGCUGAAACGGGUAAUGGAAUCUGAUGCAGCUAUGACGGAGGACCUAAUUGCUUACAACAUUAUUCCACUCGAUGCUCCUAGCACAACAAAUGCCAUUGUUUCUUUGCCGGAGGUUCGAGCAGCAAUAUUAGCAUUAAAAUAUUUCAGAGGCCUACCGACAUUGCCCACUGAUUUUUCCAUUCCUGCUACAAGGAAAGCUGAUAUGCUUGAUUUUCUGCAUUACAUGUUUGGAUUUCAGAAAGACAGUGUCUCCAACCAGCGUGAACAUAUUGUUCAGCUUCUUGCAAAUGAACAGUCACGACUACAUAUUCUUGAAGAAAGUGAGCCUGAAUUGGAUGAGGCUGCAGUGCAAAGCGUAUUCCUCAAGUCCCUUGAGAACUAUAUUAAAUGGUGUAGUUACUUGGGUAUUCAGCCAGUUUGGAGCAAUUUUGAAGUUGUUAGCAAGGAAAAGAAACUACUCUUUGUUUCCUUGUACUUUCUGAUAUGGGGUGAAGCAGCCAACAUCAGGUUUCUUCCAGAAUGCUUGUGCUACAUAUUCCAUCAUAUGGCCAGGGAAAUGGAUGAGAUUUUGAGGCAGCAGAUUGCACAGCCUGCGAAUAGCUGCAAUUCUGAGAAUGGUGUUUCGUUCCUUGAUCAAGUUAUCUUUCCUCUAUAUGAUGUUGUGGCUGCAGAAGCUGCAAACAAUAAAAAUGGACGAGCACCUCAUUCUGCAUGGCGCAAUUAUGAUGAUUUUAACGAGUAUUUCUGGUCACUUAAUUGUUUUGAACUUGGCUGGCCAUGGCGCAAAAAUUCACCUUUUUUUCAAAAGCCAAUACCCAAGAAGGGGAUGCUUAAAUCCGGUGGAAGUAAACAUCAGGGAAAAACAUCUUUUGUUGAGCACCGAACUUUUCUUCACCUUUAUCAUAGUUUCCAUCGUCUAUGGAUAUUCCUUGCGAUGAUGUUCCAGGGACUCGCCAUUAUUGCAUUCAAUAAAGGAAAUCUUAAUGCGAAGACCUUUCGGGAAGUUCUCAGUCUUGGUCCAACAUUUGCUGUCAUGAAGUUUUUUGAGAGUGUCCUAGAUGUUAUUAUGAUGUAUGGGGCAUAUUCUACAACACGGAGCCUAGCAAUUGCUCGUAUUUUUCUUCGUUUCCUUUGGUUUAGUAUUGCUUCAGUUGUCAUAACUUUUCUUUAUGUGAAAGCACUCCAAGAAGAAAGUAAACGAAAUGGAAACCCUGUUAUUUUCAGAUUGUAUGUGAUUCUCGUAGGCAUAUAUGCUGGCAUCCAAUUUUUCAUUAGUUUCCUCUUGCGGAUUCCUGCCUGCCACCAGUUGACUAAUCAAUGUGAUCGCUGGUCCAUAAUUCGCUUUGUCAAAUGGAUGCGCCAGGAACACUAUUAUGUUGGACGUGGUAUGUAUGAGAGGACCACUGAUUUCAUCAAGUACAUGCUGUUUUGGCUUGUCGUUUUGGGUGCAAAGUUUUCAUUUGCCUAUUUUCUCCAGAUCAAGCCGCUUGUAGGACCAACUCAGACAAUAGUGAAAAUGGAUAGCAUAGAAUAUUCUUGGCACAGUAUAGUAUCUAAAAAUAACUAUAAUUUCUGGACUGUUGUUAGCUUAUGGGCUCCAGUAGUAGCUAUCUAUAUCUUAGAUAUCCAUGUAUUUUACACUGUUACAUCAGCUAUUUGUGGCUUUCUGCUUGGGGCCAGAGAUCGUUUAGGAGAAAUUAGGUCCUUGGAAGCACUUCACAAGCUUUUUGAGCAGUUUCCUGGAGCUUUUAUGAACACUCUUCAUGCUUCUCUCAGUAACAGGACUUCCCACCAGUCUUCCAGUGAGGUUGUGGAGAAGAAGAAGGUUGAUGCUGCUCGCUUCUCUCCAUUUUGGAAUGAGAUCAUAAAAAAUCUUAGGGAAGAAGAUUAUAUCACAACCCAUGAAAUGGAAUUGCUCGAAAUGCCUAAAAAUUCUGGAACUCUUCCUUUGGUUCAGUGGCCCCUCUUUCUUCUCGCUAGCAAGAUAUUUCUCGCUAAGGACAUAGCUGUGGAGAGUAGAGACUCACAAGAGGAACUUUGGGAAAGAAUUUCAAGAGAUGACUACAUGAAAUAUGCUGUCCAGGAGUGCUUUCAUACAGUUCGGCUUAUUCUGACAAACAUUUUGGAUGAUGAAGGAAAGAUGUGGGUUGAAAGGAUAUAUGAAGAUAUAUAUGCAAGCAUAGCAAAAAGGAGUAUCCAUGUUGAUUUUCAACUAAAUAAGCUAGCACUUGUGAUAUCAAGAGUAUUUGCAUUGAUGGGAAUUCUGAAAGAAGGUGAAUCAUCAGAUAUGGAAAAAGGUGCAGUUAAGGCUGUUCAAGAUCUAUAUGAUGUUAUCCGUCAUGAUUUUCUAUCUAUUGAUAUGAGUAAAAACUAUGAAACAUGGAAUUUGUUGUCAAAAGCAAGGACAGAAGGUCGUCUCUUUACGAAGAUAAAGUGGCCCAAAGACACUGAGCUGAGAUCACAGGUGAAAAGACUCCAUUCAUUGCUAACCAUCAAAGAUUCAGCUGCAAAUGUUCCAAAAAAUCUGGAGGCUAGACGUAGGCUGCAAUUUUUUACAAAUUCCCUUUUCAUGGACAUACCUAUGGCAAAGCCUGUUAAUGAGAUGCUCUCCUUCAGUGUAUUUACGCCGUAUUAUUCGGAGAUUGUGCUUUAUAGUAUGAAUGAACUUCUGAAGAAAAAUGAGGAUGGAAUAUCCAUAUUGUUUUACCUCCAAAAAAUAUUCCCAGAUGAGUGGAAAAAUUUUCUUGCUCGAAUUGGCCGUCAUGAAAAUGCACAUGAAUCAGAACUUGCUGAUAGUCCUAGUGAUAUUUUGGAGCUUCGGUUUUGGGCCUCUUACAGGGCUCAAACCUUGGCCAGAACUGUUCGUGGGAUGAUGUACUAUAGGAAAGCUCUUAUGCUUCAGACCUAUUUGGAGAGACUAAAUUCUGGAGUGGCAACUUCAGAUUUGGAGGCUGCAAUUUCCAGUAGUGAUGCAACUGAUACCCAAGGUUUUGAGUUAUCUCCUCAAGCGCGGGCUCAGGCAGAUCUAAAGUUUACAUAUGUUGUAACUUGUCAAAUAUAUGGUAAACAGAAAGAGGAUAAAAAACCUGAGGCUGCUGACAUUGCCUUGCUUAUGCAAAGAAAUGAAGCACUUCGUGUCGCAUUUAUUGAUGAUGUUGAAAGUCUUACGGAGGGUAAAGUGCACACUGAAUACUACUCAAAGCUCGUUAAGGGUGAUAUCAAUGGGAAAGACAAGGAAAUCUAUUCCAUAAAAUUACCUGGAAAUCCAAAACUUGGAGAAGGAAAACCCGAGAAUCAAAACCAUGCAAUUAUAUUUACUCGUGGAAAUGCAAUUCAGACAAUUGACAUGAAUCAGGAUAACUAUUUUGAGGAAGCUUUGAAAAUGAGAAAUCUUCUCGAGGAAUUCCAUCGUGAUCAUGGCAUUCGCCCUCCAACAAUUCUUGGUGUUCGGGAACAUGUAUUUACUGGAAGUGUCUCUUCUUUAGCCUCAUUCAUGUCAAAUCAGGAAACAAGCUUUGUAACACUAGGUCAACGCGUUUUAGCAACUCCUUUGAAGGUCCGUAUGCAUUAUGGCCAUCCAGAUGUUUUUGAUAGAGUAUUCCAUAUCACACGGGGUGGUAUCAGCAAGGCAUCUCGUAUUAUCAACAUCAGUGAAGAUAUAUUUGCUGGAUUUAAUUCAACCUUGCGCCAAGGAAACAUAACCCAUCAUGAGUAUAUUCAGGUUGGCAAGGGACGAGAUGUUGGGCUCAAUCAGAUUGCUCUAUUUGAAGGAAAAGUUGCUGGUGGAAAUGGUGAACAAGUUCUUAGUCGUGAUGUGUACAGGCUUGGUCAGCUGUUUGAUUUCUUUCGGAUGAUGUCAUUCUACUUUACCACUGUUGGCUACUACUUUUGUACCAUGUUGACAGUGCUGACUGUUUACAUUUUCCUCUAUGGGAAAACAUAUUUGGCGUUGUCUGGAGUUGGUGAAACCAUUCAAAUUAGAGCUAGGAUUUUGGACAACACUGCACUUACUACAGCCCUGAAUACGCAAUUUCUCUUUCAAAUUGGUAUCUUCACUGCUGUGCCGAUGGUUUUAGGUUUCAUCUUGGAACAGGGUUUCUUGAGGGCUGUAGUCAGUUUUGUAACUAUGCAGUUGCAGCUUUGUUCUGUCUUCUUCACAUUCUCUCUGGGCACACGAACACAUUAUUUCGGUCGCACUAUUCUUCAUGGUGGUGCACGGUAUCAAGCAACUGGGAGGGGAUUUGUGGUCAGGCACAUCAAAUUUUCAGAGAAUUACAGGCUUUACUCACGCAGUCAUUUUGUCAAAGGAUUGGAAGUGGUGCUUUUAUUGGUGGUAUACCUUGCAUAUGGAUAUAAUGAAAGCGGUGCAAUUGGAUACAUUCUUCUUUCUAUCAGCAGUUGGUUUAUGUCUCUUUCUUGGCUUUUUGCUCCUUAUUUGUUCAAUCCAUCUGGGUUUGAGUGGCAGAAGACGGUGGAGGAUUUCCGUGAUUGGACAAACUGGCUUCUUUAUAGAGGUGGAAUUGGAGUUAAGGGAGCAGAAAGCUGGGAAGCUUGGUGGGAUGAAGAACUGUCACAUAUUCGGACCCUGGAAGGAAGGAUUGUUGAGACUAUUUUGAGCCUAAGAUUUUUUAUCUUCCAAUAUGGUGUUGUGUACAAACUAGAUGUGCAAGGAUCAGAUAAAUCAUUGACGGUCUACGGCCUCUCUUGGAUUGUGUUAGCAGUUCUAAUAAUUCUUUUCAAGGUGUUCACCUUUAGCCAGAAAAUAUCUGUUAAUUUCCAGCUGGUGCUGCGUUUCGUCCAAGGUGUUUCCUUCUUGAUGGCGCUUGCUGGCCUAGCUGUUGCAAUUAUACUUACAGACUUGACGGUUUCAGACAUAUUUGCUUGCAUCUUAGCAUUUGUACCUACUGGAUGGGGAAUUCUUUCUAUUGCUGUCGCUUGGAAGCCUCUGCUGAAGAAAAUGGGGCUAUGGAAAUCCAUCCGAUCCAUCGCUCGCUUAUAUGAUGCUGGCAUGGGGAUGCUUAUAUUUGUACCCGUCGCAUUGCUCUCGUGGUUCCCAUUCGUCUCAACGUUCCAAACCCGACUCAUGUAUAAUCAAGCUUUCAGCCGGGGGUUGGAGAUCUCUCUUAUCCUUGCUGGGAACAAUGCCAAUUCUGGGAUAUGAGAAAAAUUACCAUAUUUCUUAUAUUGUUGGAAGUAGAGUCGUCUUAUUCUCUUGGAGCUCAACCUGAACUCUCAGGACUGUAAAUUUUUGUUGUAGCAAAUCCAAAUCUAUUUGGGACCGAGAAGUGACACCCGUUGACCAUUGUGAAUAGCUAGGUGUCAUUUUAUUACACUUAUCCGAUAAUUUGCUCACGUAGGUAAAUAGGUAUUCUCAUGUUAUUGUUGUAUAAUUAUUUUUGUGGCAAAUCGAUCCGCUCUAUAAACCAACUGAAAUUUCUGUGAUGAAAAUGCCUAAUGAAAGUUUCAAGGAUAAUCCGCUCUC